ACCGGUUCAUAACCGAGGCUGCUGCUGCUGAGCUCUGUGUUGUUGUUGUUGUUGUGGAUGAGGGGCUACAGGGUACAGGGGGACCGCAGGCAGCAGUUCUCUGUGUUCUCUAGCUUCUCAGUGAGUCAGUGAGUUUAGACACCCCGCUGUGGGCUGUGUCUCGGCGGCGCUGUGGGGGCGGGAGGUGUGAGUUGGUGGUCAGUGAGCUGUUCCUGUCUGUAGUCUGUAGUGUAGCAGCGCGGCGCAGGGUCGGGGUUAAACACAGCGGGCUGUGUGUGGGACAGAAGCUCAGCCUCGGUAGGAAACCUGCGUGUGUUUAUCGGGAGAUUGGGAUGCAGAGAGUUUAUCCGAGGCUCCUCUAACUGGACUUUACACCACCAUGUCCCCCCCGGCGCUCCGGCUGGGCGCUCUCUCCGUGUUCGCCGUUAUUAGCCUGGUAUUGUCUCUGUGUCCCCUCGGAACCGCGUUUCCUCUGCAGGAUGAAACCGAUAUAGCCGCUCUGAAAGCUGUGAAACCCAUAAAUCAUUUCCAAGUGCGUUUCAGCUGGCACAACAUCAGCUGCCCUCUGUGUAAAGCCCUCUUCACCAUCGUGGACAUCGCUCUACUGAGCGACACAAACACUGAGCACGUUGCUCAUGCAGUUGGAGAAGCCUGCAUUCGUUUACACCUUGCCGAGGAGAAAGUGUGUCGAGACAUAACAGAGCUCUUCCGUGAUGACUUCAUCCGUGCCCUCCAGGAGUCGUUUCUUUGGCCCACAGAGGCCUGUGCUUUACUGUUGGGACCUGACUGUGGCCACUUCGACAUUUACGCCUCCUGGAACAUCACCCUGCCCAAGGUUCCUAAGCCUCCAGUGGUUCCCCCAACACCACCCAAGCCUGGGUCACCCCAAAGCCGAGUGCUCUUCCUCACUGACAUCCACUGGGAUGCUCAGUACGCAGAGGGCAGUGCCAUUAAAUGUAAAGAACCUCUGUGCUGCAGGAACGAGUCUGGCACACCUACCUGGAGGCAUCCUGGGGCAGGAUACUGGGGCACCUACAGUAAUUGUGACCUCCCCCUGCGUACUGUAGAAAACCUACUGCAGAAUGUGGCCAAAGCAGGACCCUGGGACUGGGUCUACUGGACUGGAGACAUUCCUGCCCACAAUGUGUGGUCCCAAACAAGGGCUCAGCAGCUGAAUGAGCUGACUAUCAUCUCUAAGCUUGUCAAGAAGUAUCUAGGACCCAAAGUUACUGUGUAUCCAGCUGUUGGAAACCAUGAGAGCACACCAGUUAACAGCUUCCCUCCUCCAUUUGUACAUGGAAACCGCUCUUCUCAGUGGCUGUAUGACACAAUGGCGGAGGAGUGGGCAACCUGGUUGCCAGCUGAAGCUCUGGAGACUUUGCGGCAAGGAGGGUUCUACACAGCCCAGGUGCAGCCGGGUCUGAGAGUGGUGUCCUUGAAUAUGAACUUCUGUGCAAGAGAGAACUUCUGGCUGAUGGUGAACUCCACAGACCCUGCAGGCCAACUGCAGUGGCUCGUUCACAUCCUGCAGGAAGCUGAGAACAAGGGAGAGAAGGUGCACAUCAUUGGGCACAUCCCCCCAGGUCUCUGUCUGAGCAGCUGGAGCUGGAACUACUAUCACAUAGUCAACAGGUAUGAAAGCACGAUAACUGGUCAGUUUUUUGGACACACGCAUGUUGAUCAAUUUCAGAUGUUUUAUGAUGAGGAGACAAUGACUCGUCCUGUGGGUGUGGCUUACAUUGCCCCAAGUGUUACUACAUACAUUAACUUAAACCCAGGUUACCGGGUGUACUAUGUUGAUGGUAACUAUCCUGGCAGCAGUCGAAUUGUCUUGGACUACGACACCUUUAUUCUCAACCUCACUUUAGCCAACGGUUAUGCAGAUGGUCAAGAUGGUCUCGCCAAGCCUCAACCAGACCCGGUCUGGUCACUACUGUAUCGGGCUUCUACAGCCUACGACAUGCCCAUUCUGUUUCCCUCCAACUGGGAUGCUCUGAUCAAAAACUUUCUCACUGAUGAUCGUGUCUUCCAAAAAUUUUGGUACUUGAUGCACAAAGGCCAUGUGUCGGAGCCCUGCAAGGACACAUGCAAAACCUCGCUGAUCUGCUUUCUCCGCAGUGGUCGCUACGACCUGCUGCAGCAGUGUGAUCUACUGAACCGUGGCAAAGGACAAAUGGCACGUUCUGUUAGGAAGACCCUGUGCUGAUUGGUUGAGCUGGGCUCUGCUGGAUUAAAGCAGUCUUUUGCUAGUAUGAAAGAGACAAUCGGUCACAGGUGAUUUUUUUCAAAACUACACGUCACAUUUUUCUGAGUGUUCAUUAGAAAGAAGAGAAAAUUAGUGAGUCAUUAUUCAAAUUAUAUCGAAAAUGUGUAGCUUUUUUGUGUCUUUUGGAUACUUACAAUAUUAUCCAAAGAUUACACUUCUUUUGGUAUUACAGUGCAUGUUUGCCUAAUUACAGUAUAUUGCCAAAAGUAUUUGCUCAUCCAUCCAAAUAAUUGAACUCAUAUUUAAAUGACUUUCUUUGGCCACAGGUGUAUAAAAACACGCACCUCUGCAUGCAGCCUGCUUCUGUAAAAAUAAGAGAAAGAAAAAGUGAAUUCUGGCAUAGUACCGUGAUCCAAGUUUUCUCACUACAAUAUAUUCCACAGUCAACUGUCAGUGAUAUUAUAACAAACAAAGUAGAAUUGGAAGUGAUUGGGAAUAACAGCAAUUCAGCCAUGUAGUGGUAGACCACAUAACUUAACAGAGCAGGCCAGCGGAUGCAGAGUUAUAUAAUGCACAGUGAUCACUAACUUUCUACAGAGUCGAUUACUACUGACCUCCAAACUUAAUGUGGCCUUCAGAUCAGCUCAAGAACAGUAGAGCCUAGAGAGUUUAAUAUAAUGGGUUUCAAUGACUGAGCAACUCCAACCAAACUCUCAUCACCAUCCACAAGGGUGGUGAGCAUCUGCUAUCUACCUUUGGCAAUAUAGUGUACAUUUAAUGCUUGCCAUUAAUAAUAGUAAUAAUUGAGUUAAAAUGCCAACGUGCAUUGUGUUAACAAAACCUCAGGGUGUUCAUUGUAAUAAAUUAAAUCAAGUAAUUCUAAUCAUCACCUACAUUAUAUUAUAUAGGCAUAAGGAUAAUACAUACAACAAUGGGAAAAGGGUACUGAAAGCACACUUUUAAAGGCAAAGUAUACAUUUCGCCUCACUUGAAAAAGAAUGAAAUUGCACCUUAAGAAACACUGGGGGAUGUUAUUUAAAGGUUAUACUAAAUAAUCUGUCCUUUCUCUCACAUUCGAGGUGCCUAUACAGAAAGUACCAUUGGUUUCCUAACAGAGUGGAGUGAUAUGGUUUGGACUUUCUUUCUGGAUGUUCUUUUGCACAAUUUUGCUGCUUUUAUCAUUACUUUCACUAUCUCACUGGAUCUCAUUCAGGUCAAGCUUGCAAAGACUUUCUAAAAAACUUAAGUACACACAGCGGGAGCUUUUCACACAUUGCACCAUAUAGAAAAUUCUCUAUUUGUCAAAGCUGCGUUAUGCACGCUUAAAGCACUCAGAUUUCAUGUGUAGACAUGGACAGAGCCCUCUGUUAAUGUUUGCUUUUCGUAACUGUGGUCUCAGUUGAGGACGUCCACUGGAUGUGAUGUAAUUGUUGAUUUAACUGGUGUAUUUUUUUUUGGUUUUGAACGAAUGAAAGAAUAAAUUAAUUUUUGCAAUCCA